AUGUUUGAUCUGAAAUUCUCUGCUCUCUCGUUUACCAACACAGACUGCACCGAACUGCCUGAUGGCUCAGUCGCAGCUUUAUUCGUUGAUUCGGUGCUGUUGGUGACGCUACUUGUUGUGGUUAUAUGCCUAGUACUGAUUAGGAGAAAAAUAUGGAAAAUAGAAAGAAGUGUGUUGCGUGGACAUGCAAUGGCCAAGAGCGUGCAUGAUGAUCGAGAUACAGCCAAAAAGGUUGCCGGAUAUCUGAGUAUAUUCAUUUUGAAGUGGGUAUUUCUCUUUAUAUAUAUAAGUGCAAGCGUUGCGCAGGAUCGCAAAUUUUGGAAGUACUUGAUAUUAGCAAUAGGUGAGCUCAACAAGGAUAACGUUGUUUGUAUUGGAUUGGAUCGUUUGCACACACGAAAUCUGACUUGGGAAUAUUGUGUCGACUUUUAG